CCGUGAACCUCCUAUCCGACCCCGGUCGAUCAUUCGUUCAAUGACGAUUAGCCUUCACACCUCGCAAGCCACUGUCGUAGACUUUGGGCUCGUGCUGGAGUUCGAGACCAAACCGGCUUCCAUGGCGUUUCCUGGCCAACAGACCCUUUCAAAUUUCGAGACACUCCAAGCCACAAAGCCUACCGCAGAUGGUAAAUGCAGCCACAUCAAGCACACUAUCCAAGAUUAAUGGCUGGAUGGGGCAGCCAUCAGAGGCCCAUGUAGAUGGAACAUAUCAAAGGUCGGCCUUGGCUUCAUUCACGCUGCCAUUCCAGCCACUGAGCCCCUGUUCGUCCCACAAAGCCGCGAUACCCUUGCACAGAGCACUGGUAGAAGUCGAGAGACUGUCUUUGAGGGCUCUUGCUAGUACGCGGUGUGAUAUCGUUGACAACUCCGUGAACAUCAAAUUGUCAGUUAUGGCCUGUCGGCUCGACUCGUCUGUUCGUCGUCCCAUGAAGGGUCUCGGAAUCAAAGGAUCUGGUCGAAUAUUCGCGCCGAGCACGGUUUCCAGCUCAAACCUUAUUUCUGGAAUCACCUCGAGGGGUCCAACAUCAGUCUCAGGUACCGUCUAUACCGUCACCCAAUCAGUCUCUCUAGUCCACUGCAUGCAUAUCGGUGAAGUUUCAAAUCACAUGACCAAAUGCUUCUUCUUGCGGUAAUCGAGACCCCGCAAAUGCAAGAGGACCUAGCGAGAGGUUUGUCCAGCGCUAGCCGAUAGUGGAUAGCAGAUCACGUGUAGUACAAGGGAUACAAGCACCCCAGGCUUCGAGAUAACUCGCUCUUCGAGACGAUGCUCUGUCCUA